GGGUAGCAUAUUUAUGCACAGCCCUUUAUCGGUCAAGAUCGUUGCUAUCUCACGUCUUUCCGUCUAACAACUAGCUCAUUCGGUCCAAUUUGCCACCUGAGUCACUCGAGGAGACGCCAGUUCGUUUUAAACAAUCUACCAUCACGGACACAAUGAGCAGAUCCUUCCCUCGUAUUAAGGCUGUCCGAGCGUACGUGUCCGAGGCCAAGCCCGGGGACCAGGGAGCCGACUGUCAUGAUGUUGACGAUAAACAUUGGAUUAAUGGCUACCCAACGCCGGUGGCAAAUCCUAUGUCUGUCCAUCCGCAAUACGCACCGUUCCGCAAGUCCUGGGGAAUCAACGCCCUUGGUACCAUGGUUGUGGAAGUGGAGGCCGAAAACGGCGAAUGCGGGGUUGGAAUUACCAUCGGAGGCGAACCCGCAUGUUACAUUGUGGAAAAGCACUUGAGUCGGUUCGUUGAAGGCCAGGAUCCGCGAAAUGUUGAGCUGAUGUGGGACCAGAUGUUCCGUGCCACGUUAAACUAUGGCCGAAAGGGGCUACCGAUUCAGGCCAUUAGCGCCGUGGACUUGGCUAUCUGGGAUCUACUUGGCAAACUCCGCGGUGAACCUGUGUACGCCCUGCUAGGUGGGAAAGUGAAAGAGCGACUUCCGGUUUACUGUACAACAGCUCGCCCUGACAUUGCUAAGGAGCUUGGAUUUGUUGCUUCGAAAGUUCCAUGCCCUUAUGGUCCAACUGCAGGAGAGGAAGGUUUCAAGAAAAAUGUUGAAUUUUUCAAAGGAUGGCGUGAGAAGGUUGGUCCCGACUUUCCACUCAUGCUCGAUUGUUACAUGGCUCUGACCCCUCAGUAUACCGUAAGGUUAGCUAAGGCACUGGAACCUUUCGGCCUGAAGUGGAUCGAAGAGUUUCUUCCUCCAGACGAUUAUCAAGGAUACGAAGAUGUGCGGAAAGCCAUGAUGGGGUCGAAUGUCUUACUCACCACAGGGGAACACGAAUAUAGUCGUCAUGGAUACCAGCUCCUUUUGAAUUCCCGAUGUGUGGACAUUUUACAGCCUGAUAUAUCCUGGCUUGGUGGGAUUACGGAGGCUCGUAGAAUGGUUGCCAUGGCGUCCGCACACAAUACCAUGGUCAUACCACAUGGAUCUAGCAUCUACUCCUACCACCUGCAAUAUGCAUUCUGCAAUUGUCCUGUGGCAGAAUUCAUUAAUUUAAGUCCCAACGCUGACAAAAUCGCGCCCUAUUUCGGAGGACUGUUCCCGGACGAGCCACUUCCCGCCAACGGUUUUAUUGACCUUCCGGACAAGCCCGGAUUCGGUGUGACCUUGUGUAAAGACACACUAAGACGGCCUUACCAGAGGAGUGAGGACGAGAGCCGUAGACAGGCGGAGCUAAAUAUCAACUUUAAACCACCCGAAAAAGCAUUUAUGCCAUUUUAGUUCAAUCUUAGGGAGGAUUAUAAGCUAAAAGCGUUGUGCGGUCUAUUGAUCCGGAAAGACAUAUUACGGUAUUGAACAGUUUUGUACGGUUUUGAGAAUUGUUUUGACACUGCGAAAAGAAAUAUGUCUGUUUUCUUUUGUGAUCGCUACAUUAUCAAGAAUUUAUUUAUUGUCAUUAAUCAGAAAACAUGAUUACAGUACGCAAGAGUUAGACAAAUAUCAAAAUAAAACAUUAUGGCUUUCUA